AUGCUCAGUCAUCCAGUGGAACUCUUCCAUUCUGCCAAACAGCACAGUCUGAAAUGGACCUCGGACCCCCGUAAACAAUGGGACGAAAUUCGUCUGAAGAUGGGCUCGGAGAGUCAACCUGUGUAUCAAGCCUGCUCGGACGGCGCCAGACCCAGAACCCUUCUGAGCCAGUGGAUUGAGCGUAAGGACGCCCACCACCUGCUUCUGGAUGUUGUGUUUGCCCAGGAGGAGGAGCCGUCUGGAAGGCCACAGCCAUUACAGGUUUAUCUGUUGGAGUCACACACGCCUCUCCAUCUCUUCCCGGGUGGAGAAAAGACGCUGGACCUCCAAGCCUCAAAACAGUUCCCAGCCACCUCUGGCUUAGACCAACUAGCGGAGUACCUGAACCCCAGUCUGGGUCUAAACCUUGGCGUGGUCACCCACAGGGGCUUCCAUCUUGGUUUCUCAUACUCGGGGACCUGUGCCCUCCUAGCAUCUGUCCGACUGUACUAUAAGUGGUGUCCCGGGUUUGCCGAGAACCAUGUUAGAUUUGACGGGGCCGGAGCUGGGUCAGGGCCACGCCGAGGCCGGUGUGUGGAGGCCGCUGUGGAGGCGACCCAGCCUGAGAGGGAGUGUGGGGCGGAUGGAGAGUGGGGUCCCAUGCAGGGCCAGUGUAUGUGUGGACCGGGUCAUGAAAGCGUGGCUGAUGCUUGUCAAGCCUGUAGGACAAACUACUACAAACCGGCCAAUGAGAGCGGAGGAUGCCGUCCAUGUCCACCCAACAGCCAGGCGGACAGGGGGGCGGCAGAGAGGUGUGACUGUGUACAGGGGUACCACCGCCUGCCCACAGAGCCGUACCAGCUGGGCUGCACCAAGCCCCCGUCUGCCCCUGUCAAUUUAACAGCCCAUCCCCUCAAUGAUUCUACCCUGGCCCUCCUGUGGGAGCCCCCCCUUGACCUCGGCAGCAGGGAGGAGGUGACGUACAGCGUGGAGUGUCUGGAGAAGGGAGAAGGACCGGUCAGUAAGUGGGAGAGGUGUGGGGAGGAGGUGGUGUUUCUGCCGACCUCGGUGGGGCUGACCGGCGGACACGUCAGCGUCACGGGACUGAGCCCAGACUCUGACUACCGCCUGUGUGUCCUGGCCUGGAACGCCCUGACCCUUCACCAGAUGACCUCCUCCUCCUCCUCCUCCUCGUCCCCCUGCUCCACAGCCGGGGCCUCCGCCACUCUGCUUCAGCGGAAACUCCUUAUGAGGAGCACAGUUGCUCCCAUGGUCAGCAUCUCCAACAGCAGCAGCGUGUAUAUAUGGCUGGCGGUCCUCGUCGUCUUAGUGCCACUCGUCUCUGCUGCCGUGUACAGUCUGAGACACAAAUACACCAAACCCGGAUCUGUUGAAGAGGUGGCGCUGUUUCCUAUAAAUCCUGGCAUGGCCUACUCUAGGUCUGAGAAUACUGACCCUGACGUCCAGCCUGCUAAUGUGGUGCAAAGUGUGACCCAGCUGCUGGGGGGCUUCAGUGACAGCCUUCUGGCCAACUUGAGGGGGAACCUGAUAGAACGCACCCAACUCACCCUGGGCAAGGAGCUGGGCAGGGGAGAGUUCGGCUCAGUCUACGAAGGGAUCUUCUCCCCAGAGGAAGGCUCGUAUGUCAAGGUUGCCGUGAAGACCAUGAGAGUUGGAUUCCACACUCAGGAGGACUUGCACAAGUUCUUGGAGGAGGCAGAGAUCAUGAAGAACUUUGAUCAUAAAAACGUGGUCAGACUACUCGGCAUCACUCUGGAGAGACAGCAGGACUCUGAUCUGUCCCUGCCGCUGGUCAUCAUUCCCUUCAUGAAGCACAGAGACCUGCGCCGCUUCCUCGUCGCCACACGCUACGGGGAUAUUCCUAUGUUUGUGCCUCACCAGAGUCUCCUUCGCUUCAUGAUUGACAUUGCAGCAGGGAUGGAGUAUCUCAGCUCUCAGGGUUUCCUGCACAGGGACCUGGCUGCACGCAACUGCAUGCUGGGGGAUGAUCUCCAAGUGUGUGUAGCUGAUUUUGGGCUGUCCAAAAAAAUCCACAGCUGUAAUUACUACAGACAAGUGGUAUCUAUUCGCAUGCCAAUAAAGUGGAUGGCCAUGGAAAGCCUAUCCGAGUCCGUGUAUAACGUCAAGAGUGAUGUGUGGUCUUUUGGGGUGACCAUGUGGGAGAUCGUCACCAGAGGGAGGACCCCGUAUCCUGGUGUCCACAAUCACGAACUGCUGGAUCUGCUGAGGUCUGGCUACAGGCCCAAACAGCCGGAAGACUGUGACUCCAAACUCUAUGAAAUAAUGUGGAGCUGCUGGCACAGGGAGGUAUCCCACAGGCCUGGCUUUAGGGAACUGGGUAGAAGACUCAAGGACCUUCUGUCUGAGCUGCCGGUUCUGGAGGCCAGCCAGGACGCCCUGUACAUUAACCAGGGCCUGGAGGCCGCUGCCUCUCACUACACCGCCCAUGGACAGAACGAGGAGGGAGAGUCGGACGCCCUGGGGAAUAUUUACCUGCCGUCUCCUUCCAUGGGUGCUGCACCCCUACCUAAGACAGAGCACAAGGAGGACGGCACAGAGGACGGCUACCUCUUGUGUGUCAACGUAGCCUCCGCAAAGCAACAAUAAGUGCCAAAAAGAGGCGCCAAAAGCCAAUAAAUGUCCUGGAGUGGCCAAAUUCUCUUGUAAAUAAGUGUGUGUGUGUGUGUGUGUGUGUGAGAGAGAGAGAGAGACUAUAAAAUCAGCAUACAUUUAUGAUUUCAAGAUUUAAAUUUGCUUUUCACAACAGAGGUAAUAUAUGCAAAUCGUUUGGCUGUAGAUUUGAGAACUGGUACGCAAGAAGCUGCCGAGUUGCUGUGCUCCCCCGGAAAACUGCAUCCAUGAAUAAAGAUUCACUAU